AAAUCAUAUAUUCAUUUGAAAAUAUCUUUGUAAAUGUACUUACUUGGGAAAGGACCACAGACACAGUGUAAACAAGGACCACAGACACAGUGGAAACAUAUGGAACGUAUUGACUAAUAUUUUAACAUUUUCAUAUGCUGGAACUGGGUAAGUGUUUACAAUAAUAAAACCUGUCGAUUAAAUAUACAUUUUAUAUGAUCCAUUCGAAUAAAAAUAAUAUAGCCUAGUAGAAACACUCCACUACAGUAGGUGGCGAUAGAGCACAUUUUCUGAUAAUAAAACAGAAGAAGAACAAUUUGCUAGCUAUUUUAGCAAUCCAUGAUAAAUUAUAACAGUUUGGUAGCUGGAAAAUAUGAUUGUGGUUGAAUUUACACAUAUCCAUGGAUAUUUCUGAAUUCGCCACUGUUCGAACUUCAUAGCCAGAUAGAGAGAAAGUGGAAAGUCAACGUGCGGAUAUAAAUUAGUUACUCUACACUGUAGAUAGCUUAGCCACAGUGCUAACUGAUAGCAGACAGCAAUAACAAAGAUACUGGUAGUCCGGGUCAGUGUGUGCAAACGCAGCUGUCACACCUCGGCGACGACACAACAUUUGUAGCUAAAACGUACCUCAAGUUGUGACUCAGUUUCAUUAGAAAAUAACUGGCUAAAGAGAAGAACGCAAUGGAAAUCCAUAAAUGCAUUGUUAGAGGAUGCGCCAAUCAAUCGGACGCAAUUAUUCAUUACAGUUUACCAGAGGAACCCCAGAGACGCCAACGGUGGCUACAGUUUAUCAAUGGAAGCAACCCGGGAGAGCAAAUUCCAGAUGUUUCCCGUUUAUGUGGCGACCACUUUGCUGAAGAGUGCUUCACAGAACUUGAUCUCGGUUUCACCACGAGGUUAAUAUUAAAUCUUGACGCAAUCCCAUCGAUUUAUUCCUCUGAUAAAACAUCGGCUUAUCGGAAACACACCGUGUACACUGAGAGGGCGAAGGGGACUGGGAUGGUGGAAGGCAAAAUGGCCGGCAUCAAGGAGGAGCCAGUGGACAGGGAGUUGGAUUCGCAGGUGAAUCGCUGGAACAAUUUGUUGGGUUCACUCAGCAAGUCGUUUAGUUCAAUCAAAAAGGAAGAUGUUGGGGAGGAUGAGAGCAGUGCAGAGAGCUAUGACCAGAUUAGAGUGGUGAAAAUAGGAGACUCGCACACAGGAGAGAGGAAGGAUGAUGGAGGAGAGUAUGGGAUGGAAUACUCACACACUCACCCAUAUGAAGGAGAGGAUGGAGGCUAUGAUGCCAUGGUAACAGACCUUCACAGGAAAGAGAAAAUGAAUGUGACGGCGCGUGAGGUGGAGGGAGUGUUUGUGAUAGAAAACUCAAACCCAGAGGAGGAAUGUAGAGAAUAUGUGGUAGGGGAGGAGGUAUGGCAGAUGGAGGAAAGGGGAGAGAGCAGGACGGUAGAGAUGUGGGGGGAAAAGGGGAAACGGAGAAAGCUUCCGGGGCCGCAAUGGUGGAGAUAUGAGCAAGAGAGGAGGAAAACCCAGGAAGACGAAUGGAAGAUGAUUGCAGAGAGGGCGAGGGAGGAAGAGAGGGAGAGACAGAAAGGUCGGACUGUGGAGGGGAAAAAGAGGGUGGCAGGGUUCCGCUGCCCACAGUGCUGCAAAACCUUCCAGUACCGAAGCGAGUUACUGGAGCAUAAAACUAGCUGCUGCACUAAUGCGAAAUACGCCUGCCCAGUGCCACUCUGCCCCCAAAUCUACCAAUCCAAGGCUUCCCUGACGAAUCACGUUUGCUUCCACCAUGUGAAGGAGGACAACAAGGAGGAAAAGGACUUGGAUGCUAUCCGGAAAGCCAGAGGAGUCGGGGAGCAUCAGAAUAAAUACCAACCCAGCCAUAAGAAAUUCUUCUGCCCACUCUGCAAAACAUACUACAGAAACCAGAUAGUCCUCGACAAGCACUCUCGUAGUCACACCAGUCUCCACAAAGUGAUGUUGUGCUGCUCCUUCUGCUCUGUGGAGAUGCUGAAUAAAUGCACAAUGAAAAAGCACUACAACACGGAACACCCAGGCAGGGUCCCGCGCUGUGAGAUGUGUGAAAGAAACUUCUCCUCGAUCGACAUCUUUCUAACACAUCAGUUUAGACACGUGGCCGUGACUCCUUACUACUGCUAUGAGUGUCACAUCUACCAGCUCACCCAGAGGGGCCUCACUGUCCACCUGAAAAACCACGCUCUCAGACGCAACCAGAAGCAGCUAGACCAGCAGUCUGGGAAAAUCAACAAACCUGACAAUACAGGGAAUCAUAGUACAGCCCCUCUGAAGAAAAGUCCCUCCCCUCUACCAAACAACCAUGCACAUCUACAAGAUAACCACGCCCAUCUACAAGAGAUCAAAGAAGAAUUUAUGACCAAAUAAAUAGAAUCUCAAUCUAGUUGUGUUUUUAACCCCUCCCCUUUGUCCCAUAACCACCCCCCUCCUCUGACAUGAACAACUGACUUGUCCCAUAACCACCCCCCUCCUCUGACAUGAACAACUGACUUGUCCCAUAACCACCCCCCUCCUCUGACAUGAACAACUGACUUGUCCCAUAACCACCCCCCUCCUCUGACAUGAACAACUGACUUGUCCCAUAACCACCCCCCUCCUCUGACAUGAACAACUGACUUGUCCCAUAACCACCCCCCUCCUCUGACAUGAACAACUGACUUGUCCCAUAACCACCCCCCUCCUCUGACAUGAACAACUGACUUGUCCCAUAACCACCCCCCUCCUCUGACAUGAACAACUGACUUGUCCCAUAACCACCCCCCUCCUCUGACAUGAACAACUGACUUGUCCCAUAACCACCCCCCUCCUCUGACAUGAACAACUGACUUGUCCCAUAACCACCCCCCUCCUCUGACAUGAACAACUGACUUGUCCCAUAACCACCCCCCUCCUCUGACAUGAACAACUGACUU